AUGGACGCUGAAAAGAGCUCGUCUAAGAACAGCUUGCGGUUUUACGAGAUCCCUAUCCUUGGAGCAUCUCGCCGGAGGGGUCAGAACCUCGAUGACAUUGCGACGCAGCCUUCAGUGUUUGAUGAUCCAGUGACUCUAGAGGUGUAUCGACCUCCCCUCGAGUACGAGAACGCCCACCGAUUUGAUCCCAAUGCACGAAUUUCGUCGUCUGUUCUGUUACAGCGUGUCGUCCGCAAAAUCGACGUUCGAAUCAUGAUAUGGGCUUGCCUCAUGGUCUUCGCCCUUUCACUGGAUCGCUCGAACGUCUCCCAGGCGAACACGGACAACUUCCUCCGCGACCUUCACAUGACGACGGAUGACUACAACCUUGGGAACACGCUUUACCGUUUCUCGUUCCUGUUUGCGGAGUUACCGUCUCAGCUAAUAUCAAAACGGGUGGGUCCCGAUGUGUGGAUUCCGGCGCAGAUUACGCUGUGGAGUGCUGUUUCAUUAUCACAGUAUUGGCUCUCAGGGCGAGCCUCAUUCCUCGCUACAAGGUUCCUCAUUGGCACGCUGGAGGGAGGCUUUAUUCCAGAUAUUGUGCUGUAUUUAUCUUACUUUUACACGAAGACCGAAUUGCCGAUCCGGAUGGCGUGGUUUUUCGUUUCUUCCAAUUAUCUGACGUUACUUGUGAGCGCGUUCCUCGCGACGGGGAUCCUAUCCAUUCAAGACCCCAAUCAUCCGGAGGGCUGGAGAUAUUUGUUCCUCAUCGAGGGCGCCAUCACAGUUUGCGUAGGGGUCGGAUCGUUUUUCAUGAUGCCGCCAGGGCCCACGCAAACUAAGGCGUGGUUCCGACCCAAAGGGUGGUUUACGGAAAGAGAGGAGGUUAUUAUGGUCAAUAGAGUCCUACGCGAUGAUCCCGGAAAGUCCUCCAUGCACAAUAGGGAGGGCCUGACUCUGCGGAUGAUCAUGGAUGCACUGGCAGAUUGGCGAUUGUGGCCUCUCUACUUGUUGGGUCUUGUCCAUAUGAUUCCUGUUGGUCCACCACAGCUUUAUCUGACUCUAUCUCUUCGCCACCUCGGAUUUGACACGAUCCAAUCCAACCUCCUCACCAUCCCGUCCAUUAUCAUCGGCUUACUCGCACUCUUGACGGCAUCGUACCUCUCUGAGGUCAUCAACUCGCGUGUGAUCUCGUGUCUGCUGUUGCAAAUUUGGGCGUUGCCACUCCUCAUCGCUCUUUACACAUUCAACACAGAGACCUCGCAAUGGACAUACUAUGCCGUCGUCACGCUGAUUACCGGAUUUCCGUUCGUGCAUCCCAUCCAAGUCGCGUGGACGUCGCGCAACUCAGGAGGCGUGCGCACGCGGACGAUCUCGGCAAGUGUGUACAACAUGUUUGUCAAUGCCGGCGCUAUCAUAUAUGCUAACAUCUAUCAAGCCAGCGAUGCGCCACUCUAUAAGUAUGGUAAUCGCGCUUUGAUUGGAAUCUGUGCCAUGAACAUCGUGCUGUACGUUCUGACGUUUCUCUUCUACCAAACUGUCAACCGCCGCAGGCAGGACAAGUGGGACGCCAUGACAGAAAAGGAGCAACGGACAUACAUCGAGACGACUAGCGAUGAAGGUAAUCGGCGGCUCGACUUUAGGUUCGCUUACUAG